AAACGUUUCCAAAUCCGAUGGGAACCGAAAGUUCAUGAAAUUGUUGUUAGUGGUUUCAUGCAGACGGCGCCAAUGGCGACAAAAAUCGAGACGUUUCCGAGUCGAAUAAUGAAUUGUGUGAAAAUUGAAUGAAUUUUUCUGUGAUACAAACAACGACAAAAUGCCGUUUUUAAAAUGUAUAAAAGAGAGCGUUACAAAAUCAAGAAUCGAAGCUUGCAUACGAAAUGGUCCACGGGGCUACCUCCUUUUUCCCUACCGCACGACAAAUGUAAUUUACAAAGGUGAUUGGCUGAACGACCAGAGGCACGGAAAAGGCGUGGAGCUGAUCGAGGCGACAGGACUGCAAUACGAAGGCGAAUGGUCCCACGACAAAAAACACGGUUACGGUGAGCUCCGAAGGAUUUUUCCAGACAAAAAUCGCAAAAAAAUUUACACCGGAAAUUGGGUGAACGGAAAAAAAGAUGGGUUUGGUCGCAUGUGGUACAAAAGUGGUGGAUUCUACGAAGGAGAUUUCAAGGAGAACGAGAGACACGGUUUCGGCCGCAUGUGGAAACACGAUGGCACGUUUUAUCAAGGCACGUGGAAAAACAAUGUUUAUCAUGGCGAUGGAAUGUUGAUUUUAGCAAAUGGUAAUCGUUACGAGGGUUAUUUUUCAAAUGGAAAGAAAGAAGGUCGAGGUAUUUUUUAUCACAUAGAAACAGGUCAAUUUCAGGACGGUUGUUGGCUCGAUGAUAAAUGCGAAGUGAGCACGGUGGAAGACAUUCAUUGGCGUCAAUCCGCACGAGUGCCAACUCCCUACCCAAUUCCAAAGGUCAGAUUUGAUUCCUCAUCACACAACAAAAUGUAGCAAUUAAAUUGAAAACGAUUUUCUUCCUAUUGCAGAAUAAAUUGGAGAAUUUCGAAGCGAUUUUUCGAGCGAGGAUCCAAGAAGUUCGGAUGCUCUGCGAUUCAGAGCCUUUCAUAUAUUCUGCUCGUCACGAGAAUUAUGUCGAUAAAAAGGAAGUCGAAUGCCACUGACGAAAGAACGAGAAUAAUGCUCGAAAAGCCGAUACGAAUCAAUUGCAAAAUUCCUUCAUUCGUUUAUUUAUUAUUCUUUAAUAAAAAAAGAAUCCGAUGAGCUUAACUCGCAAUCGUUGCAUUGCUUAUAAAGGUAGAAACGAGAGUGGUCAACCGCGAUCUCUCAUGGUUCUUGAUGCCUCAAUUAAAUAUACAUUUUCUGUAGUCGUGUAAAACCACGUAUUUAAGUAAUCCGAAGUUCGUUAUUUUUAGUCGUUGAAGAAUCGUCAAUUUAGUCAUUUCCUUGAGUUUAAAACUCAAUGAGAAUGAAAAAAACGACACCCGGCGUUAAAGUUAUUCCUCGUUUCAUCAGACUUUUGAUUUCUUCGCGUUUAUACAAACGGUAAGUCCCCGUCAUUGAAUGAUCGUGGAUCUAUCAUCCUCGAACCGUUGGCAUCGCUCUAGUCACUGGCUUCCCUACGUAUUGUAAUCACCGAAACACGGGUUAUCGUAUCUAUACCUAAAAUGGAGAAACGAAAAAGAAGAAAAGUGUAUGAAGGCUUCUCAAUUCGAUGCCGUCGAACUUUAAGUCACUAUGCGUGAGAGGGAAUGUUGGUCUUUCGUAUAUCUUUCUUUCGUAUCCAGCAAUAGCUUUUCCUCGAGUUUUCUCCGAUUCGUUUUCUCAGUUCGAACGAUGUAUAACGAUAA